GUUCGCAGUUGUGUAAUCAUGGAGGGUCUCGAAGAAUUAGGAAAGAGCAUUGAGGAAAAGAAAUUUUGCAAACCAACUUCGUGGCUGGUGUGCAAUUCAAAUGGAUGUUUUCGGCCUGGUUGCGUGUAAGUCUCCUAGGUGACUGCUGACGGAUUUCAGUGUUUUGCAUUUUCUGGGUGCUCGGAAGCGGGCAAUUAACUUAAGGCUAAGUUUUGCUAAACACUGUUUUCCUUGACUAAUGAUUCCAUCAUAUACGUCCUAAUUUUGAACAACAAGUACUGGGAAUUUUGUACCCUUUACCUGCUGCUCAUAAGCUCCUUUUUACGAUUUAUUCGGUUUUUACAGUGUAUUGCAUGUUGUAAACAUGCGUUGUAAACAUGCUCUGAGCCGGCCUCUGUAGCCUUCAGGCUUUGGAGUUAAUUAAACCAGUUGGCUACAAGAAGCUCCGAAUCUUGCAAUUCAUCUUGCAAUUUUCACAGUACUCUAUCACUAUUAGAACAACCAAAGUUAUUGUAUAUUACCUGCAUUAAAAAAUGUGAAUCAAGUAAGUCCUACAGAGUAUACGUACAUAUUGGCAUGGCACUCAAUGAAUUAUUUAUCAAAUCCCUUUAUUAAUCCAGAGGGAGGUAAUAAAAGUACACAGAUCUAAACAUUGUGUGAUGUCUCUUGACAAAACGCUGCAAAUAAGGUUCUGAUAACUCCGAUCCUUUGUUUGAUUUUCUGUUCCUUUACAAGUGCACAUUCUGUUAUUAAACUAAGUUCUAAUAGGUCCUACAAUAAGUUAUAAAAAAAAUACAAAAAUGACAUUAUUAAUCUAACUUGUAAUUCAUAUUUUUAAGGCCAGGAGGAACGCGGAAAAGAUCACUGAAUGCACCUCACCCGGUUCCAAUCUUUGGGAGAAAAGGCCACUUGUUGGGAGAUGAAACAUAUUCCAGGUUGGUAAUUUCCAACAAACUCAUGGCAUACUCCAUUGAUUGUAUGCUGGAACAAGAAUAAUUGAAAUUAACUCUAGAAAUCACUUGUUUUGGCAUUUAUUGCAUUGCAAUAUCUAGAAAUCUGCUUGAAAGAAAAUAUUCUGAUGAAUGUAGUGUUCCCGUGGCCCUAGGAACACAGUAAAAGAGAUUUGUCACCGACCUUUUCCUUAUUCUUAUUCUGGAAUACGACAUACACUGUAUCAAAGGUGUCCUUAAUAUGCAAGGGAUCAGAUCAAGAUCCUGAACAUACAAUAAUAUUGUUUGUUCUAAAUAUACGAACGUGUACAUGUGACAGGGCCAGUUUACACAAGCAAUCCCAUCCUGUGAUAAGUUUCAAUUCCAAGAUUCAUCUAGGUAUCUGAAUGGUUACUUUCCUUUUUCUUCCCUUUCUGGAAAUCGCAUUGUACAGAUCAGACAUAGUUUUCAUAAAAUAAAUAUGUGCACAAAUGUCACUCACAGCAAGUCAAAAUUUAAUGUAGUGAGGCACAGAAAAUUGUCAACUGCUUCAAGAAGGAAAGAUAUAUUGUGUUUUCAUGGGUUUUUCAUCGCUGGAUGAACUGUCAUCACAUGCUGAAGAUAAGGAUGAAAUCAUGUACAGCUGUAGAGACUAAUUUGCUUUAGUCAAGGAUCAUGUAAUUAAGAAGCAAAUAACCUGCAGACAUUGAAACCAAACCACUCCAAGAAUGGGAUUGCUCAUACAAACAGGGCCUUAAAAGAAGGUGUUGGAAGGUUCUUGGGAAAGUGUACAGUUUGCAAUUGCAGCACAAAAUAAGCCUCAUGCAUGGCAAGCACAUACAAAAUACAGGGCAUGAGAUAAAAUAAUGAAGCGCCUGAAAGGUGACAGGUUGUAUGCCAUAGAGCUAUAUGAAACAAUACUGAAACCUACUGCAGUGUUCUUACUAGGAUUUUGUACACUAGGGUCCACAGUACCCACAGAGAAGCUAACAGGAGGUCAUGAGGGAGAAAAACGGGUCACAAUUUUUUAGACACGGUUAACUCAAUGUUUUCACAGGUCUGAGUGUUAGAUAACGAUGGAUGUUUUCUAAAGGAGCCAUAACCAAUUAAUUUUUAAGGAAAUGUACGUAUGUGUACGCACAUUUUGUAACAGGGUUUUUGCUGCAAUGCUGCGGUCUGGUAAGAACACUGCUACUGUGACCCUAACAUUCAUUUCAUUUUAUUGAGAAAUAUCCCUGCAGCCUUCAGAACCCUUCUUCCUUCCUCUAUACAGCAUCUUCCUUCAUUAGUACAUGUACCUUAAGUUGCAGUGAUAAAUGCGUAAAUUAAAAGCAGCUUUGCAACUUUGAUGGCAAAAAAAUUUUAUGAAAAAAGAUAAUCUAUCUCCAGUAUCAGUUAUAAUAUGUUUUUGCUAGAGAGAUCAUUGAGGUACUCGUCUUUGCAUGGAUGUCCUCCUAUUGAUUAUAAAUUUUCAGUUAGGGAGCCCAAUAUUGGCAAAAAAACACAUUUAAAUGGCAUGGUUUCUGGUACUAAUCAGAUAUUGAAAACGUGGUUUCAUAAAAUUGACAAUUUUGUCUGCUUUUAUUCUUGGUGGUUUGUAUAGUCUGUAACUAAAGGAAUUUAUUAAAAUACUACUGUGUUUUCAUCAAUACCAUUUUUUUUAAAAUUUAGUUUGAUACUACAAUAAUUUGACUUUAACCUACUGUAUUUCUAAAACAAGAAACAUGUUUGACUAAGACUUUAUUAUGUAAUUAUUAUUGGUAAAUCAUCUUCAUUAUGCAAGUAUCUGUACAUAUGUUAAAUUAUCCUUUCAAUGAUGAAGAUUAUUAUUUUUAGUUUCAUAGUGAAAUUCAAUCACCUUACAUUUUCUUACAUGUUGUAGACAUAAACUUUGUAACAUUCAUUUAAUCUGUGUCAAAGGAUUUUUUUGCAACUCUUUUCUAUCAAUUAUCAGAUUUUACAUUGUAAAUUCAAAUUAGUUUUGGAAAAGGUAGGUCGUUAUAUUUGUUGUGAUGUAGUUGUAUAACUCUUGAUCCAAUUCCCUUUUGUUAAGAGAUUGAUCAGAGAGAAGUGAGUUGUUGUACAUGUAGUCCUUAAGGCUUCUUCCAGGGUUGUCACUAAGAUUUCAAGUUGCCGGGUAAAUAUAACAAGGAGGCGGGGAAUCAAAUGGCUAGGGAUUUCUUUUGGUUCUUUUUUCUUCUAUUUUCCAAUGAAAGUAGCCGGGGGCCACUCUCUUAGUAGCCGGGGAAAAUCCCCAGCCCCCGGCUCUUAAUGACAACCCUGCUUCUUCUCUUGUAAAAUAUAACUGUUGUAACUGUAGUUGUUUGGAUUCAAUAAGGUAGUGAUGUGCCUUGAUGAAACUGUAAAUAUUGUUUUCUUCAAAGAAAAAGAUGUCAACUUAAGUCUCGCAGAUCACAUGAUUUGUUUUGAUCCAAUUUCAACGGAACAGAAAAUGAUACCAACAACAAGCAAUAGACCCUGGGUUAUGGUGAGGUAUGCUUGACAUAAUUUUUCAGCAAAUUGAGACAAUAUAAUUAUUUCUGUUGCAUGAUUGAUUGUAAAAAUUAUUGUUUGUAGUUGCUUGUUUGUUUGUUUGUGGAAGGACUGGAAGGAAGUUGGGAAUUGUUAAAUUCCUUGCCCAUCCAUAUUACUUACAACAUCAGCAUUGUUGGACGUGAAAGACUUGAGCACAAGUUUAGAAAAACGAGUACGUUGUAAUAAUUUCUAAGCUAAGUGCAAACGGACGCAACAACUCCCAACAUUGAUGGCCCAACAAUUUUGGGAGUGUUGCGAGGGUUUGCACGUAGCUAAAAGUUUGACCGGUUUCAAACUUUGCACAACAACUCUCAACAACCAGCAGCAAUAUGCAACACGGUGUGCAAACGGACGGAACAUCUAACAUUUAACAAUGCUGGGAGUUGCUGACCAACAAUGUAGCGUCCGUUUGCACGGGGCUUUAAAAUACUUUAUGCGUCAUUCAAACUACUAAAAUCUUCAGUUUGCGGUGUUGGCUUCAACUUGUGUUGGUUAAAGGUAAAGAAAGAUGUGUACGGUAUCUCGCUUUCUUGGUUGGUACUAUCUUUAGUAUUUUCACAUGUUUAUCAUGACUCUUUGAUUAAGCCAAAUGAUUGGGGUUUGGUUUCAAUUAAGACAAAAUAACUCUGUUGAGAAACGAGCUUACUACAGGUGUAUUUAUCUUGCAUGGUGAACAAAUUAUACAAAUAACGUCUCUCAAUGUUAAACGUGGAGAAUUUGCAACACAAAAUUUGUCCGCUCCUUAAUUUUAAAAAGAUGUCUGUAUAGCUGAAAUACUCCUUGAUCUGUUCUUUGCGCAAAUUUAAAUCAAAUUGCUUUUACUGCAAGGUUGAGAGCUUUUACACAUUACGAGCAAAUGGGGUACGAUCCGUGGUGAUUCGCAAGAACCAGUAUUCGAGCUACUAGGGUAAAUUCUGAUCAAGGGAAACAAGAUUUAGUUCGAAUUAGUUGGGGAUUAGACUAAUAUCCGAGUUCUAGUUAACCGAGUAAAAAUGGCUGAAAAGUGGAGUCAAUUCCAAGUACUCGUUAAGUUCGUGCUUCGGACUGUUGGGAACAGGCUCGCAUUAUGCCUAAUUAUGCUACAUUGCAUAAUACAAAACAUUAUUUGUUUCAAUUCUUAUUGAUUUUGAUUUUAAGCUACGAAUGGCACGUUUUUUACGUUUGAAAUUUAGAUUUUUUAUCUUUGUGGCGAUCAUCUCCUUAAUGUCAAUCUGCUUUAUUUACCUCCACCUUUAUAAUCUCAGGAGACAUCUAAUGUAUACACAGAAAAUAUAGCCUAAACAAAAACGGGGUUUUCCUUCUUUGGGGGGGAGGGGGGGGUGGCUACACGUAGGCUAAUAAAAUGAGUUAUUCAUUCGUUCUUUCUUUCGUUCGCUCGUUCAAUCAUUCAAUCAUUCAUUCAGUCAGUCAGUCAGUCAGUUUUUGGCUUUCACUUGUCCUUUACAAUUCCACAAGCUUACCUUUUAAGUAUGAAAUAUUUAUCGGGUACAAAAUUUAUUGUCGUCCAGUUACAUUGUAAGUAAUGGCGUUGGAGCCCCUGACAUUCACUCUCUUCAGUAUGAGGCGAAUUUGAUAUUGCACGUUAAAUAAAUCUCAAGGAAUUCAAGAUCGUUACUCAUUUUUUUAGUUGUAUUGUUAAUUCACUGAUUGUCGGCGUUUGAGAACUGACAAUGAGCUCGCUCAACCGAAGAGCCAUUUUCACGUACUGCCACUCGGCUCACAGGGGGCGCUCACGUCAAUCGCACGGACACGAAUAAGUUGGUCAUCACGUCGACCGUAUCGAGUCCGUUACCACUGUCAGGGAGUCCGACGGGCAGAACGCCCUACGUCAAUUUGUUCUUUGCAUGAGACAAGUUUGUUUAAUCUUGAUUGUUUUGAAGAGAAAUUUUUUAAACAACAUUAACAAUAUUGAUGUCAUUAUAUGUUACGUGUAAGUGAACCAGUGAUAUCGGCCUCGCCCUGUGGGACUUCAUGGUUCAUAUUGAUUAAGAUCGCAUCACUCUGUUGUUUUAGAUCCGAAGGAGCGUAUGUUGGCAACUUUAGGCGCUAGAUCGUUUUGCGCUCCCGCCCAUACAUGUACACUGUAGAAAAGCUUUCUCGCGCAUAUCCGUGAUAUCGGAUCACUGUGUGCUUCUAAGAGACAAGUCAAGACAUAACUUUUUAGAUUAGCUUUUACGUAGUUUUAACUAGAUUUUAUUUUAUAUUAUUUAUGUAUUUUUAUCAGCAUUUUUACUUUUUAUCUGUUUUAUGUAUCAUAGAUUCAUUUUAAAUUUUAAUUAGUAUGACUGUGAAGCGCUUUUGAUCAUUUAUAUGUUAAAAGGCGCUAUAGUAAAUUUAUAAAUUAUUAGUAUUAGUAUUAGUAUUAGUAUUAGUAUUAGUAUUAGUAUUAGUAUUAGUAUUAGUAUUAGUAUUAGCAUUAGUAUUAGAACAAUACGAACAACAACAACAAAUGUAGAUCAGAAAACUUGAUGAAGCCGCUUCUCACUUAUUAUCUGCGAAAUUCUUCUACCUGGAGUGUUGAGCUGUGAACUGACUAAAUCCCCCGCUGCCAUUUCGACACCUGUGAAUUCCGUUCUUCUUUUUUACCCGUAUUAGACAUCUGUCUUGAGCCAGCCAAUUAAAGACAAGAUUGAGAAUCCUUUCCAUGAACAGAGGCAAAAGCGGCUACGAUCACACAUAGCUUGUCCACAUUAAAUACUCAUAAAGAAAUGUUCUCUUGUAUGCAAGGUGACAAUCAACGUUUCUUUGAGGAUGCGUUUGGAUCAGCGUCAAUCAAAUUUUAAAUAGACUCUUUGAAUCGAUGUUCUAUUGUUAGACUAAAAACAGUUUUUAUUACCUGUGGUUAAUAUUGAUUUUUUUGAGGGCGUGAAUCUCUCCAGUGGACUUCUCGCAACAAAAGUGAUCAGGAAUCAAGACAGACAAUCUCUCAAGUUAGUUUUUUGCCCAGUAAUUCCUGUUCCAACUGUGCGUCCGCAAGAUGAAUAAUUAUGCAGACGUCAUCAGAACUUGCCCAAGUUGUCUAAUUUGUAUUUUUUCAAUUGAAAUCAAUGAAGAUCACGAAUUUAUUCUCAAUUUGCAUGAUUAACGUGCAUACCUCAGUUCAAGUAGAGAUUUUUUUUAUAUAUAAUAUAAUCUAGUGGUAAGAAGUAACUGUGAAAAUAAACUCAUACUGACGAAUUUUAGUCCACUUGAAACGCGGAAGGAAAGAAAAUGAAAGUAGUCUGGAGAAACUUCCUAUUAGAUGUUCACUCAACUUCACAGUUGAAUGAUCAUUUGAAAAUAAUGCGUGCGGUUAAUGUUUGUAUAUGUUAAGGUUUGUUUCGAGUUAAUCAUGCAAUUCUGACCGAGCAGGCCAAACAAUUCUUGAAUUUAAAGGUAAUGCCGGUAGGAGAAAUGUCUGCUGGAAUCUUAUCAUCCCAAUACUGAUCAAGAUUGGGUGAAGGCACCUGGCCUCCGUCAUAUCCGCCAUCAUUUUGGCCCUUUUAUGCAACCGAUUUUUUUUUAACCUUUGUCAAAGCGAGGCAAGCGGAAUUCGAGCUUUUGUCGUGAGCAGUUGAGUCUCCCUCAGUGCAAAAGUGUUAUGCAUCGCACUGCUAAUCUGAUACCACUGAUCGCGCCGUGAACGUUUAUUUCUCAUUUAUGGGUUCACCUUCGAACUUUUGCUGUCUGCUGCCUUCUUUUCGCAAGAAAAAUUCUGGAAUCAGGUGUUGGAGGAGACACGUCAAUUCCGACUUUAAAUCAUGGAACUGUGAGCAUUCUGGUAUUAAAUCCAAUGGAUUUUUAGGGUUAAGCUCGCGAGAUAUGAAACAUCAAAGGUCUGAGGAGACACGCACUCAUUGGUAAAUACAUUUUUAUUAUUUCAUCUUUUAUAGUUGUACAGUCGAAUCCCGCUUUAUGGACACCCGCUUAAUACGGACACCUUAUUGUUACGGACAGUUUGCUUUGUCCCUGGGGAAAGAAACUCCAUUCAUUUUCUCUUAAUACGGACACCCCCUUAAUAUGGACACUUUCUAUCCUCGGGCCCCCUUAAUGUCCGUAUUAACGGAGUUUGACUGUAGUUAACAUCAACUCAAGCACUAAUAUAACUAUGACAGAAAAUAAUGGAAGUGGAGUUAUGUGCAAUAUACGCUUGUAGCCAUCGCGUUUGUUCCGACUGAAAUUUAUUGAUUUUAAGCUUAAAAGCAAUAAAAUAUACCAACGGGCAAAUACGAAGGCUUUAUACCCAUGUUCAUCUGCGUUUACCCUUACAUUUCUUGCUUUAGUUGAGGCUUGCUCAGAAGUCACUGUUCCAGUUUCUGAUUCGCACUAAUUAAAAUACUCAAAGUUAAUAAAUUAAGGGAUAUCGUGACAGAAAAAUAAAUAAAUAAAUAAUAAUAGUGAUGAUAAUAAUAAAAUAAACGACAGUCAACUUUUUUAUUUCGUCUUGCGCCGGCCGUAAGAUAUGUAUGCCAGAGCUUUUUAGGUAUGUUAGGUUUAAUGUGUAUUUAAUUAGUGCUACGAGAGACUUUGUGUAUGCGAUUUCUUUUAUUUAGACUGCUGUCACUAUUGUUUUGUGGUCGACUAUUUAUUAACAACCAAGCCUGAGUGCCCAAUAUUAUCCUUUGUUCUCUUUUCAACUCGUUCAAACGUAAUUUCAAGUAUCACGCACAAGACAGUAUAGUUUAGUGAAGUUCUCAAUAUAGCCUGUCAGCCAUGUCUACGUACGUCAAUUGCUGCUUCCUUUUCCGCGCAAACUAACUAAUUAUACAAAAAAAAACCGAUACUUCUCCCCGCAGACUUGUACAUUCACAUGAAUUGAAAUUCGUACAAUUACAUGUCAUGGGAAAAAUGAAAAAGUGAGAACAUUUUUGUGGCAUUUUAUAGACAUUAACCCAAGAAAAAAGGUUCCUCGUUAAUGUAAGAACUAGUUACCACUCACGAGUGACGUAAAUCAAUAGUGCCUAGAAUCAAAGCAUCACAACAAAGAAACCCCCUCAGCAGGUUUUACAUCACCGAGGUAAACCCGGGAAAUGCGUUUCUAAAUUACUUUCGUGUUGAAUAUCACCAUCCAAUAAGUGCUACUUACUUACAGUGAAUGCAAAACGUCUUUCACAUGGCACUUCUUUUAAUCGUGAAGGGAAUGGUUGACGUUUGAGUUUAUUAUCCUAAAUGUUUGUCAGCACUACAAGUUCUAUUUUCUAAUCACUUUGGUUGCACUCGUGUCUGCUGUUCGUUGUUUUAUAACUGAAAUCAGACUGUUAAUCGGAGACUGAGACAGGAGGAGAUUAUGCUGGCUUCAUUUUCACGAAACAAACAUUUUGUUUUUAUUGUACGUUGUAAACCGCGUAGUCGAAAGAAUGAAAACGCAUUAUAGCGGGGUUAUAUUCUUUCUGAGGUGAAAAUAGCACAUGAAUUCUUAAAGUCGAAUAACAGGCGUUCUGUAUCAGAGCGCGAAACUGAAAACAGCCGCAAACCCGGGGGAACCACACAAUGUGUAUGUGUAUCCGUUAGUAAGUUUUUAGUAAAUGCAUUAGAUUUACCGUUUGCUUCGUCUUAAGUGUUAUAUUACUAAAUAUGUAGGUUGAUCAAUGCUAGAUAGACGCUGUAUUACCUUAUAUAUGGUUAAUUGUCGAUCUUUUGCCUUAGAAGUGGUAUUUUGAGCGAGUUUGAAGGAUUUUGAGUUCGCUGUUAACAGCGACAGUUUACCGCAAGUGAGCUAAUACAGUGUUUUUUUUAGCAUUGAUCUAUGUGCAUAUUUAGCGAUUUAUGACUACAAGUGAAGCAAACAGUAAAUCUAAAUCAUUUACUAUAAAAUACUAAUGGUUACACAUACAGAUUUUAUGGGCCCCCUGUGCCACGACAGCAAGACACGUGGCAAGUGGUGACUGACUAAAUGACGUCUGUGUUUUAUUUUGGUUAAACUUGCCCUAAGCCUACGCAGCCGGCGCUUGAUAAAGGCGGGAAAACUGGUCGCACGAGAAUUUUGAAGGGCUACCUAUGCCAGCUUGAUUCUUGCGCAAUAUAAAACAACAACAACAACAGUUUAUUCAAUUAUCAAAUAAUUUAAGACUAUGUUAACCAAAAUUAGUGGAGCUAUUCUAGGUUUGCAACAAUACAGUAAUUGUCUUCUAUAAAGUCGGCAAAAUAACGGUAAGUAAAGAGAAAGGGAAAAAUAAAAUGAAUAUCCGGUGGCAAUUGUUAUUAGUUACCAUUGGGAAAACAAAAUUUAAAUGAUAAAAAAGUCGCCAAAUUGAAAAUUCUUAAAUAGGUUGUUACCUGACCAUUUCAAUGCAGUGAUGCGUGAAUGGAUAAUUUUUAUGUCCACUGCAAGCCUUCUUUGAGGUGCUUCAGUUUUUUUAAUUUUCUGUCUGCAAUUCUAACGAUCCGCUGUGAUGCAGUCUUAUUCGUAAUACCGUGGCGGUGGUUUCUUUGGUAGAGGAAUUCUGCAAUCCAUGAUGAAGCUGUAAGGGAUAAUCGACAUAAUAGAAUUCUGUUAGCCAUAGUUGUGCUACUCAGCGAGUCAAUAUGAUCCGUAAUUUUGUGUUGUUAGGUAUCACACUCGGAAAAAUUUGGAUGUCGCUUUAAACGGUCUUCGCAGCAGGCCGCUUAGCCUGGUGGUGUGAAUACAUUGAGGAUAACACCAUUCUUACUAUUGUUCAUGAAAAGUAUGACUUUGUUGCUGCCCUAUAAAUUCUCUUAUUCUCUAAUCAGUUGACUUUCUUUUUUCAUUAGCUAUGCAGAUCCCUCAGAUCACUUUCUGGACUGGGAGAAGCAACCUUUUAAUGUGUUAGUAAUAAAAAAAGUUAUGGACUCUGAAGUAACCAGAUGCUUUAAAGAACUCACUAAAUGGCUAAUUGAGGUAAGUCUAUGAUCUCCCUCCUUAUUGACCUUCAGCAUACACGAAUAUACAGUCAGUAAUCGUGGUGUUUUAAGCAAUCUGAUUGGUUUGCUAUCUCCAGUAGCCUGCUCACAGACCCUCUAUUUUCUCUUCAAAGUCCGUCCAGCGCGUGUGAUAAAAUAUAAAUCGCCUCGCGCUCGCGCUCGCCGAUAGCCUGCGUAGCAGGCGCUUGGAAUUAGUGGGCACAAGAAAAAGUGGGCGCGCGAGAAGGAGACUCGCGUGUCUCCCUCGCGCGCGCCCGUUCUCUCUUUCGCCCACUACUUUCAAGCGCCUGCUACGCAGGCUAGCUCGCCCAUGUUUUCCAAAAGAACGAAAAGAAAAAUAAAACAACGUCUGUGUACAGGCUAUAUCUCCAGAUAUUGAGCAACCAUCUGUGGCUGGAGUUGCAGAUGGUGCGAUUAUUAACUGACAUACGGCACAGUUGAACCUCUACACCUCGAUCGGCCACCUUGGGGCAGAAGAAAGCGGCCGUGGUAGAGAGGUUUAAACAAGAUUUUUACCAACAACAAGAACAACAACAACUUUAUUGACUUUAUCUUCGACAUGAAGAUUUCAGUACCAAAACAAUGACAAAUGAAAAAAGUAAAAUAAAAGUUAAGUAAGAAAGAAAGGAACAAUUGAAUAUUAUCAUAAAAAGAAAAAUUACUUGGCUAUGUACGGCUUCUACGCUACUCGUGUGGUCAGAAAAUUUAAUUAAAGUUCGGAUGCAUAACAAUUUAGAAUAUUUUCAGUAUAAGAGGCACUGAGAUUUAUGAUGUUUUCAUCGCACAUAGACAUGAUAUAUAAAAAUAGUGCCUUGCAAGACAUAUUCGUAAAAUUACUGUUUAUCGAGUAUAGGCUCUCCAAGAAGAUACCCCAGGCCCUUAUAUGAGAAAGUGAUGAAUGGGUGCAUUUCAACAAAUAGUGGAAUUCAUCACCAGUUUCGGAUCUAUUACAAAGGGGGCAAAGCCUCUCAACUCCGGGUAUCCUUUUGUAGCGCCCAGAUUCGAUAGGUAGCAAGAGUCAGUGUAUGGAAUGUCCGCCAAAAACGGUGGCCGUUGUAGAGAGGCGGCCGUUAGUGGAGGUUCGGCUGUAUUGAAAAAAAAAGGUUCAAUGAACUAUAGCCACACCACGACACCUUUUUUUUAACAAAUAACAGAGUUUCCGCAAAACCAAGAAACGACAAGUCAUUCAGCAACCAUCCGUUGCUGGAGUUGCCAAUGGUGCGAUCGUCAUCUGAUAUAAUACAAAAGUUUUAAAAAUCCACUAAACUAUAGCCUCAUCACGACGCUUUUGUUUACACUAACAAUAGACUUUCCAAGAAAGUGAACAUGAUCCUCGUAUUAAAAUGAACCACCUAGAAGAACCUGAAAAAGAAACUGAAAGAUUUAGGCAUUAGGGAAUGGAACCCUGGCCUUUGCGAUGACUGGGCUAAUCAAGCCAACUGGAGAGCAGGCCAUUGAAAACAUAAAAGUGCACAUGAUCCUCGCAGUACAAUGAACAACCUCAACGAGGAUCAUGUUAACUUUCAUGUCUUCAUCCAUAGUUCAUCAAAAUGUAAUUUAUUUCACAUAGACUUUCCGCCAAGGCAGGUUCGGACCGGAUCAUUUCAUUUACAUACUUACCAGACAAUAGUUCCCAACCUUUUCCCUAAUUGUAAAUGAGUCUAUCCGGUCCGAGUUUUGUACCUGCCCUCUCCGCCACACCAAGAAACGACCAGUUACGGCAAAGACUUUAUUAAAUAGCAAAGACAACAUGGCAAUAGUGAGGACAACACACCGAAUUGACCAACGAUACGGCGGGAAAUUCAGCACCGGAAGUUGCGGUCGGUCUUUUCGCUAGCUUUCGGGUUCACAUUUGACUUCGCGAACUAUAUUUCUUCAUCAUCCUAAUUAAUGUCCUCUCUGACUUCCUUAUAUCCCCAUUCUUUCCAGUCAGUAUUACAUGAAAAUAGUCAGUAUUUCAUGAAAAUUGUUUUGUCAUGAAAAUAGUUUGGUCAAAUGUGGUUGAUCAAAUUAUUUAUGCAGUUAUUUAUAUAUUAUUUCUUCAUUUAUCACAGGAGAAAAGAAUGAUGAUUUUUGCUGAAGCAACAGCCGUUGAAGACCCCUUAGUUUCACAGGACGAAAAAUUUUCAGCUGUCAGAUCAAAACUUUGUAUUUUCAAAGAAGGUGAAUUAUAAUUACUAGUACUUGUGAUAAGGUUGUAAUCAAACAGAUAACGCGGAAUAUCAGUUUCCCGUGGUUAAGUUGAGCUAUUUGGUAGAUUCAUUAUUCUACAGCGCCAUUUUCGAUUAAAAAAAAUUAGCGAGUAAAACAAAAUGGCUUUGGGCGCGAAAUGAAGGAAUAUAAAGAACCUAAACCCUACAAUCUUCCAUUUGAAUAGACGACCCACUAAAAGGUUUUAGGUUCUCAUAGCGCAAUGCCAAUAGUAUUUGCCCAGUACGCUUUUACCGCGUAAUAAAGAAAAAGUGUUGUAAAAAAAGAUUUGUUGAGUUAUACUGAGAAAUGCUUCUGGCUGUUACUUGUGUGUGAAAUUUGCAGUGCUGUUUCUUCCUGAAACUCCUACUCUUUUGAUUCCUUCAAGGUGACCAGCUUGAUGACAAAAUCGACUUCAUCGUUUGUAUGGGAGGUGACGGCACACUUUUACACGCCUCCUCAUUAUUUCAGGUAAGAAAAGUUAAUAGGGAGUUUAAGCAACGACUUUUUUGAGCAACGCUCGUCAACCGGAAGUGGACUUUUUACACUCUUCGGCCGUGAGUUUCUGCAAAUUCUUGAGGAAAUCGUCUCUUUAAGAGUAAGGACACUUAGAAAUACAAAUUUGUUAUUGUCAAGUCAUAUCAAAAGAGAAAUAGGCUCACUUCCGGUAGACGUGCAUCACUCAGAAACGUCGUUGCUUAAACCCCCUAUUGAUAUGUGAUCAGCUCGCAUGGUGUGCACUCUCCUCACUAAAUCUGAAGGAAAAGAGAUUUUCCUUAUUUUGCCUUCAGAGACACUGGCGUGUAGGAUACCUGAGGUGGGAGAUGCUAAUUCAUCUUAGUUCAGUGUCACAAUGCGUUUUACUUUGACGAGUAUUACUUGAAAGCAUCGAGAUUUGUUGGCUCUAAAAUUUGUUAGCAGUUAUUAUAAAGCUGUUGGUAGUGUUACUAUGCUACACAAGGGGGUGGGGGGAUCAAGGAAAACCCGAUGCACGUUCAUAUAAGGGUCGGGAGAGACGGUCGUUCACUUCUGCAAAAUCCGUGCUGUUUCCCUCUUUUGCAAAGAAUGUAGCUGUGACCUGUGUACAGCCGUUGCCUCCACUACCCAAGGGGUGCAGGGUGGGGGGGGGGGGUUGGGGGGCGGCUGUACUCGUGCUAUUGUAGCUAUCACCUUAGGGUCAUGUGUCAGAGCUUUUUUUCUGAUACACUUGAAAAGAAGUAUACAAGAACUCCUCAUAGAUAUUGCUCUUCCUUGACCCGUUUGAGGUAACUCGUUAUCCCUCUAAUUCUCUUUCUCUCACAACAGUGUAGCUGCCCUCCUGUUAUGGCAUUUCAUCUCGGCUCCCUAGGAUUCCUGACAUCCUUCAGAUUUAGAGAUUUCCGGGAUAAAAUUACCGACGUUUUAACGGGUAAGUUCAAUACAUGUAAUAAAAAUUUCAAAAUAUAUACAAGGUACGCGAAAAUUGUGUUAUACAAACGAUAGAGAAAUCGAUGAAUCCCUGUUUACCCGCAAUUGUUACUGUACUUCCUGACACUAAAAACAGACCUACUGUUGCGUUGUAACAGUAUGGAAGUCUUCUUAGAACGUACCUUUAUUCCAACUCAUGACCUGUACCUUUUUUGAGAUUUUUUUACAUUUGGUUAAGUACACUAGGAUCAAACUAUGAUUCCAAAGAGAGUGGGUAAUAAAUAGCCGUAAUUCUCCCAAAUUGAGAGCUUGCGCACCUCGGCCUGCUAGCCAAUAAAUAAAUCUUGCCUUCCAACAAAAAUAUGCAUGUUUUUUAGGUUUCCACCUGUAGUAUUGUGCCGUUAUUCGAUAGAUAAAACCGCACACAAUCCACCCUCGUUCCCAGGGCCCUCUCCUGCUCGUCCUCCGGAGGACGAGUUGGAGAGGGCCUUAGGAACGAGGUAGCACACAGCCCACAAUCCCUUGAUUCGCUGUGAUGAAGGACCAGCGCUCGAAAUAUCAGCUUUACGGUUUACGUUUUUACGUUUUAUCGACUUGGUUAGUGAAACCAAAUUUUGCGUCUUAUUACUUUUGGAUGCUCUACCCCAUUUGUUUCGUCGUUAUAGGCGAAUCGCACUUGCCGCUAUUUAUGAGACUAACAUUUCUUGAUUAGAGGACUGAGACAAAGGUUUCCUUGUUUGAAGCCGUUGGGGACUUUGAAAUUAGCUAGAUUUGUCGAUCAGCACUGCGACGGAGCUCUGUAUAUAUCCGCUUGUAAAACGCCAUUUGCCUUCUGCUAACUACGUGUGUUGCACAUUUUGUAGGUCAUGCUGGCUUAACGUUAAGGAGUAGACUACAGUGUGACUUUACCAAGCGUGACAAGGAAGAUGAGGCCAAAACCGGGAAGUCACGCUACUUGGUGGGUUUUAGUGACGAACAAAGUUGGCAUCUUAAAUUACUUCCCCUCUUUCCCUAGCCUGCGUCGCAGACGUAAUUUAACCUCUGUUAGUACCUUCUGUAAGGCAGCGCCGGUAUCCUUGUUCUGGGCCCACAACGGACUCAACGAAUUACCGGAAAUGCAUUUCGAAUUUCCUUCCAUCUUGAUUGACAAAUCGACAAUGGCGUUUUUAACAGGCCAAUCCAAAUCCUGGUACACAGGUGGUGACCCAGAACAAGGAUUUCGGCACUGUUUCGCAGACGGAGUUAACCAGAGAUUAAUUUCGUCUUCGGCGCAGGCUACUCUUCCCCAUGCUCAACCUCAUACCCAGUUCUUUUCCCCUCGAGAAAGAGAGUGGCGGGAAAAGACCCUCCCACUUUCUACGGGAAGAGCCCUGGGAACGAGAUUGCCCUAUGUUACAGUAUCUUUCCUUGCUGAGUCCUCUCCCCUGCUCUCUUGCGCCUACACCCGAACAAGUUAUACCUAUUGAAAGGUACUGUAUGUGAAGGAGUGUGACAGUUAAUUCUCGCCAUAGGACGUUUCGUACAGGAUCACAGAAUUACAAGCGCGAAUCUAGCGUAUGUAAGAUUUCUAUUGUGGUUCAGGUCAGAUACAAGUUUGUAUUUGACGUUAAAGAAUAAGUUUUGGUGGUCAGAAGGGGAAAAUGUAUCUGGGUACUGGGAAGGUGGAUGCAGGGGUAUGCAAGGGAGGAAACCCCUCUUCCGCCCGAAAGAUGUGUCCCUGGAUCAUACACAGUUCAACUGAUUAUUUUCACCCAUGAAACUGUUGGAUAUCUUGUUCUGUAGGUUUUGAAUGAGGUGGUCGUUGACCGGGGUCCUUCGUCCUAUCUUACAAACUUGGAUAUAUAUUGCAAUGAUCAUCACGUCACAUCGGUACAAGGAGACGGUAAUUACUGCUAUGACAUUCAUCCCAUCUCUUUGAUUCUCGCAAGUGUAACUGAGUAAGAAAGAAAGUAUGGACAUGUACACUUAAAAAGAAAACCGCAACACUGUUAUUCGAUUUCUUAAAACCGGAGCUCGUUUUGACUCCCAAAUGACGGUAACAACUUUCUCCUGUCUUAGUAACAUUUAAAUAACGUUGUGCUCUUUAGGGUCAACCUUGUCCCAAGCGCUCUUCCCCUGCCCUGGGAAGAUGGUUGCUUUAGUGUUGAAUUGGUGCUAAACUGGAAAAAUUUUGAAUUAAGAUCCCUUUUACUUUCAGAAACGACACCAAAACUGUCCGAAAUCGAAGCCAGUUUUGCAAUAUUUUACUGAAACUCGUUGUUGGUCGCCAUACGUUGUUGCAACACCCAAAGUAGCGAUUUGAAUUGAAACUGCUAGGCUAAGAAUGAGAAAGAUGUAUUCAUGUGUGAAUAAUUGAACUUCCCAAAGAUGACUUAACUGUGAGGCAGGCAACAUCGUGAGCUACUACUUGCGCAACUCCGGGAUGUUAAGCAUGCAGGCCCUUUUUAAUUUGUGGCAUCGAAAAAUAAAAAGGCUCCUGUCUCAACCAAUUGCGAGCAUUUUUGUUUUCCUACAAACUUUUUUUCUUAAAACCUGAUUUACCGAUUUGCGUUGUUGCUACCUUCCUGAAAUAGUUUAUGGCUGCAGUAUUCUUUAUUCCUAAUCUUCCUAAUCUUCCCUGUAGUGGUGUUACCGUAAGUUGCGUGACGUUGCGUUACUAUUUUCUUUUCUAGGGUUAAUCGUAUCCACACCAACUGGUAGCACAGCAUAUGCGGUAGCUGCUGGAGCAUCAAUGGUUCAUCCCAGUGUGGCCGCUAUCCUAGUAACCCCCGUUUGUCCCCAUUCUCUCUCAUUCAGACCCAUCAUUCUUCCUGCAGGAGUCGAAUUAAAGGUAAUGCCGUUCAUUUCAAUCUUUUUUUUUUACUUUUGAGAUUGAGGUUAACUUUCAUGCAACUUCAUCUACUUGUAUUAUCAAAUUCUUCUUCUAAAGCGAAAUCCUUGUUCUCCAACGGGCUCUGUCCCGGUGGAAAAGGAUGGAGGCUAGGGUUGGUUGGUCCCAUGCCAAACCCUCAACCUGGACCAAUCCAGAUUGGGUGGACCUUCCACAGGUAACACUCCAUUGACAUGGGUCUUCAGACUCACAGGCUUCACCAGCGACUGUCCCGACUCCAGUCUGGCCUGUCACCCUCGACCAAUCCAGCUUGGGUGGACCUGUCAGGGGUAACACUCCACUGGCAUAGGUCUUCAGACAGACAGGCUUCACCAGGGACUGUCCCCAGUAUGGCCUGUCACCCUCGACCAAUCCAGCUUGGGUGGACCUGCCAGGAGUAACACUCCACUGGCAUAGGUCUUCAGACACGCAGGCUUCACUGGAGACUGGCCCCAGUAUAGCCUCAACCAAUCCGGUAUGCAUGGGUGGACUUUUAGGGGUAAACCGACCGCCUAAACCCGGCAGGCAUAGAUCUUGAAGCACACAAGCUUCACCACCAUCACCAGUCGACUUGCCCAGGGUGGACAAUGAGAAUUUUUCAUUAACUGUCUCUUACAGAUUGUACCGAGUCCUGAGAGCAGAAGUUCAGCCUGGACUUCAUUUGAUGGUAGAAACCGUCAAGAGCUAAAAGUGGGAGAUAGGUAAGACUUUCUUAUUGUUUUGGUCAAUUUAGGCAGCUGUUAGAAAUUAAUGGUUGGCGGGCAUUUGAUAAUCCUGCCAGUCAGAAGAUAUUUGCAAGAUCAAAAAAGUAUACGAGUAGAUACAGAGGCGAAUUUUAUGAAGAGCCCAAUCUGUCGCCUACGUACCUGGAGGUUUUAUUGGCGAACGGGCAAACGAGCGGUGAAGUCGUAAGAGGAAUGAAUAAUUUUGUGAAGCCUAGUUUUCCAUCUAAGUUUAUCUGAUAUACCAACCUUCAACUGAAGACGAAAAACUUUACAACUUUAAACACCCUGAUACCUUUGCUUUGAAGGAACGCUGGUUUUGCGAAAAUCAUGUUAUAUCAAAGAAUAAGUGGACAGAAAAAAAGCUAAGCAUAUUGUAAUGUUUUUUUGUUGAUGCUUAUUCUUGUAGUAUUCAAAUUACAACGUCCAUAUACCCCGUGCCAUGUGUAAAUAGCGAGAAUCAGAUGGCAGAUUGGUUUAAGAGUCUUGCCGAAUGCCUUCACUGGAAUGUUCGUCAACGACAACGCCAACUGUCAAUAACAGAUUGCCACGUUUAACACAGAAACACACUGAAGGAACUUCGAGCAUAGAGGACUGCGGCCGGCCGGUGGCAUGGAGAACGCCAGAAAACUAAUCGACUAAAUUCGCAAAUCAACGACCCUGUGUAAAUCUAGCUUAAAGUCUGAAGGUUUUGUAGUAACGGGCCACCAAACUAGUUUAACGAAACGGAGCUCUUCUUAAUAUUUUUUUUUGACCGACGCCUUAUGUCACCCCUCUUCUAUUUUGUUAUUUGCCUUUCUUCUAACCUCCAUCUCCGACCACUUAUCCCAAAUUGCUAUCUAAACUGUUCACAGUCCUCUGUUUUUCCGUCAGAUCGUCAAGAUCCAUCUUUUGCGCUACGGGCUGCCAUCUUGCAUGAGUGUCAAAACUUCUUAGGGGCGGGGGCGUCCACCCCCUCGGUACAUUUGAAAACCAAGAUGGCCGCCAUUAACGGUAAGACGCGCUAUAUCUCGACGAUCUCACGAAAAAAUAGGGGACUGUGAACAGUCUAAUUACUAUCUCGGCAUUUUUAUUACUAUUCGAUUUAACUUUUCUAUUAGGUUUAUAAUCAGAAGCUACUUUUGAACCUAAUGAGAUGGCAUUUUUAUCGUUCAGUACUUUAAAUUUAUUUUUUUGCACGAAAGCCUCAACAUUGAGAAUAUUUUAUAGAAGGAUGCAUGAGGACUUCCUCUCUUAAGAUAUUGAACCUUUUCCAAAACAAAGUGUCGAGUACUUCCAGUUUGGAAAUUACUCUUCAAAAUUUUCUCUCUAGUGAUGAAUACUGUAAGUAAUAGGUAUAUAAUAAUGUACCCAAAAGUAUAAUGUUAUCGGUGGGGUUAUUUAAAUAAACAUAAAUUAAAGGGCUGCGUUUUUUCGUAUCUCAGUUUUGUACUUGUACAAUACAAUACAUAGCACUAGCUGUUGAUGGUGAUAUCACCAUAUCAGGAUCUAUAAUUAUUACUUGAGAAUAAAUUGUGUUUUCGAACAUUU